AUGAAACCACGGAUCGCCCCAUUCUUAUCCCUUAUAGCCCUUUUCCUUUCGGCUACAACUGCUGUCAUUCUUAGUAUUGACUUUGGCGAAUCCUUUACCAAAUCUGUCCUUCUCGCUCCAGGUGUCCCCUUUGAACCUGUCCUCUCAUCUGACUCAAAGCGUAAAGAUCUCUCCGGUUUAACCUUCAAGGAUGCCCCUGGUGAAGAUAGUAUCCUCCGUAUCUUUGGCAAUUCUGCUCAAAGCUUCUGGACAAGAUACCCAUCCCAAUCCCUCUUCUACUUCAAGCCCCUUCUUGGAGCCCACGUUAACGAAACAAUCAACAAGUAUAAUGAUCGCUUCCCUGGUCUUAACUUUGUCGCCACCAAAAACAACCGCUCUACUGUUUCUCUUGAACUUUUAGAAGAAACUUAUCCAAUUGAAGAACUCCUCGCAAUGUACCUCCUCGAUAUUAAAACUCGUGCUGCUGGUAUUCUCAAAACCACAAAGGCUUCAGAAACAUUCAACUCCGUUUCUGGUUCUAUCAUUGCCGUCCCUCCAAGCUUUAACAUCUUCCAGCGCCAGGCCCUUGAAGAUGCUGCAGAACUCGCUGACAUUAACCUCAUUUCUUUGAUCAACGACGGCGCAGCCGUCAUUACAAACUACGCCUCCAAAAAUGUCUUCACUACAACCCCAGAGUACCACCUCAUUUAUGACUUUGGUGCAGGUACAACCUCUGCCUCCUUGUUCUCCAUCCGUCACGUUGACUCUCCUGAGUCUACCCUUAUUGAACUCGAAGGAAUUGGAUAUGACGAUUCACUUGGUGGUAACACCUUCACUGCAAAGCUUCAAGCCCUUCUUGUUGCCCGCUUUUUGGAACAUAACAAGUCAAUUAAGUCUCAUGCCCUCAAGGCUGACUCCAAGGCUAUGCGUAAACUUUGGAACGAGGCUGAACGUGUCAAGCUUGUACUCAGUGCCAAUAAUGACGUCUUCUCUCAUGUUGAAUCUCUUCACGAAGACAUUGACUUUAAGACUAAGGUUACCCGUGCUGAGUUUGAAGACCUCAUUAAGGAAGAUUUGGAAAAGGUUACUGCCCCCAUCUACACUGCUUUGAAAAACACUUUUGAAUCUUCAUCUUUUAAGCAUGUUAACCAGCUCUCGUCUAUUAUUUACAUGGGCGGUUCUACCCGUACUCCUAUCAUCCAGGACACUGUUGCCAAGGCCUUUGGUGCUGAAAAAAUUUCCAAAAAAGUGAAUACCGAUGAAGCUGCCUCUAUUGGUGGCUCUCUCCGCGGUGUUGAUAUCUCCAAGAUUUUCAAGACACGUAAUAUUACUGUUGUGGACCGUGCUCUUAAUGAGUACACUGUUGGCGAAGAAAAGCUUGAGCUUUUCCCCCGUGGUCAGAUCCUUGAUACUACCAACACUCUUAUUCUCCCCAAGAUUGAAGGUGAAACCCCCAUUGUUCUUUAUGAAAAUGGUGUUGCCUUUGCUGCUCUCGAGCCCAAGGACUUUGAAGCGUCUUUGGCCAAGGCAUGUGAAGGUGCUGAGGUCCAUGCCACUUUUAGGCUGACUAACUCUCAAACUGUUAAGCUUAUUGACUUGUGGGCCGAGUGCAAGGAUGAAGAAGAUAAGGUUACCAAGACUACUCUUCCUAAAAAGCUUCGUGCUCGUACUGUUCGUCCCAUGGGUCUUGCCUCUAAGCAGUCUUCUAGUGCUCGCAUUGAAAAGUUUACUCUUGUUGAUCUUGAACGUGCUAAGAGAGAGGCUCUGCGGAAUUUAAUUGAGAGCCAGAUUUAUGCUGUCAAAAACUUUUUGAGCCAGUACGAGGAUGAGACUGAAAACAAGGCCGAGGACUUGCCUGUUUUGGAGGAAGAUGAACUGGAAGACUUUAAGGAGCAGCUUACUGCACUUUCUGAAUGGCUUGAUUAUGAUGCACAGAAUGCAAAGAUUAAGGACUUGGAAGAGAAGGAGACCCAAGUGCAGGUCAUUAUGAAGCGUGUUCUCAACACUGAUGAGCUUAUUGUUGAAAAGAAGGAAAGACCCAAGAUGUGGAGUGAUGAACUUGACCGGUUUUCUCAGACCAAUGCAGAAGAUGAGGAAUAUGUUCAGGACUUCCGUUUGGCUGCUGACCGGUUGAGAUCGGUACUUGAAGAUGGCAAGGUGAAGCGGGAAGCUUAUCAAGAAAAGGUUGAUCGGUUGACUCACCGAAUCAAACGAGCAGCUCGCAAGUCGGAUGUGAUUUUGAAGAAUGAGGCCGAGGUGGAGAAUGAUUUGGAGAAGUUAAUUGAGCAUAAGAUUGAGCAAGCAAAGCUGCAGAAACUGUAUGGUGAGUCUUUGCGUCUUAUUACCAGAGCUUCUGCAAAGAAGCCUGAGACUAGUGAGGAUAAGCUGCAGGUACUUUUGGAUAUUCAGAAGUUUACUACGGAUUAUGAGAAUCUUGAAAAGGAGCUGCAAUCGGAUCGUCCACGCAAGAUUGCUGGACUUAAGCGGAUGCUUGCUGCUUAUCGUGGAGAAGGAGCUCCCGAGCAUAAGAAGAAGAAGAAGCGCGAGGAUAAUAAGGAGGAAUUAUAG